CCUCUUGAGCCUUUCCGUUGUUGGAAGCAACCCAAGUUCCUGGUUGUGGUCUUCCUGGCUUUUAGUGUUGGUUCUUGCUUGUUUGGACUGAUUCUCUGUGUGUGACUGUGGUUGGUUUGGACUCUGCUGCAUCUGCAACUCUGUCUUUAAUGAAGGAAGUAGUGGUAAAGCCUCAUGACCUCAUGGAGAAGGGUCUGGAUCCCUUGGUGAAGAAGAAACAGGACAUGCUUACUAAUGGACUGCCGUACCACCUGAAAAAGAAUAGACUGCACCAUCAUCACUACAGUUCAGACCGGGAGAACGACCGCAACCUUUGUCAACACCUCAGGAAAAGGAAGAAGUUCCUGAAAGGGCUUCGACAGCUCAAGCCAGACCAGAACAGCUGCCGGGACAGCAACAGUGAAAGUGCAAGUGGAGAAUCCAAAGGGUUUGGUCGCAGCAGUUCCCGAGAAAGAUUCAGUGACAGCUCGGCCCCAUCCAGCUUGGGAACAGGCUACUUUUGUGACAGUGACAGUGAUCAGGAAGAAAAGGCCUCUGAAUCCAGUUCUGAAAAGUUGUUCAACACUGUUGUAAACAAAGAUACUGACUUGGGAGGUGGUACGCUAGCUGAAAACGAGGAUCAAGAUGCCGGGGCAUUGGCAGUCCCCAAAAUAUCGGGACUAGAACGGAGUCAAGAGAAAAGGCAGGACAGCAGUAGAGAUCCGUGGCUUGACCCGGUUGUGCCUAAAGAGCUUUGCCCUCAGGUUUCUCAGACGUGGAUUCCACCUCAUUUGGAACCCGCUUCGGGGACACACUCCCCUAGCCCUGCCACAGUCCAGCCAAAGGAACCGCCUCAUCCAUUGCCAUCCAGAGCCCCCCAGAGUCUACAGGUCUCGGAAGAGGUUCAACAUUCCUCAGGCCCUCUGUCGCAAGUGCAGCGCCCUCCGAGGCCGCCUUCUCCCGGACAGCCAGCCCAUCAAAGCCUGCCAUCCGCCCAGCCCCGCCCCCCCUCCCGCAGCCUUGCACAGCAGUUGUCGGCGUACAACAGCAGCAGCUUAAGCCUCAACAGUCUGAGCAGCAGCAGGAGCAGCACUCCCGCCAAGACUCAGCCCCCGCCUGCGCAUAUAGCCCACCACCCCUCGGCCUCCCCCUUCCCCCUUCCCUUGCCAAACCAUAGCCCGCUCCACACCUUUGCGCCCACCCUCCAACCUCCCGCCCACUCCCACCAUCCGCCCAAUAUGUUUGCCCCUCCUACGGCAUUGCCCCCUCCUCCUCCUCUGACGUCGGGGACGUUGCAAGUUCCAGGCCACCCCGCCGGGGCUGCUUACUCAGAGCAAGAUCUUCUCCGCCAGGAACUGAACACGCGAUUUCUGGCUUCCCAGAGUGCUGACCGUGGCGCCUCACUGGGCCCACCACCCUACCUGCGGACGGAAUUCCACCAGCACCAACACCAGCACCAGCACACGCACCAACAUACGCACCAGCACACUUUCACGCCUUUCCCUCACGCUAUCCCGCCGACAGCCAUCAUGCCAACGCCAGCACCUCCCAUGGUGCGUACCCCAAGCAGAAAUUUUGACAAAUACCCUACAAAAGUUGACCCUUUCUACCGACACAGUUUGUUCCACUCCUACCCCCCUGCUGUAUCGGGGAUCCCUCCUAUGAUUCCUCCAACUGGUCCUUUCGGCUCGCUGCAAGGAGCAUUUCAACCUAAGACUUCCAAUCCUAUUGAUGUUGCAGCAAGACCCGGAGCUGUCCCACACACCCUUCUGCAGAAAGAUCCCAGGCUGACAGAUCCUUUCAGGCCCAUGCUGAGGAAACCAGGAAAAUGGUGUGCUAUGCAUGUUCAUAUUGCUUGGCAGAUAUACCAUCAUCAGCAGAAAGUCAAGAAACAGAUGCAAUCAGAUCCCCAUAAACUAGAUUUUGGCCUGAAACCUGAAUUCCUGAGCAGGCCACCAGGUCCUAGUCUCUUUGGGGCCAUCCACCAUCCCCAUGACUUGGCUCGGCCCUCCACUCUCUUCUCUGCAGCCAGUGCCACCCACCCUGCCGGACCCCCUUUUGGCCCCCACCCUCAUCACAGCAACUUUCUCAACCCAGCUGCCCAUUUAGAGACUUUUAAUCGGCCCACGACGUUCACCAGUCUUGCAGCCGUCAGCGGCAAUGCCUUCGGGGGACUCGGGAACCCUGCCAUUACGCCCAACGCUAUGUUCGGCCACAAGGAUUGCCCCAGCAUGCAGAGCUUUAGCAAUCCGCACGAGCCCUGGAACCGUCUCCAUCGAGCUCCUCCUUCGUUCCCGACCGCGCCACCCUGGCUCAAGCCAGGUGAGCUGGAACGCAGCGCACCUGCUGCAGCUCAUGAGCGGGACAGAGAUGUCGAUAAAGGCGACGCUCCUCUUAGUAAAGAUGACAAAGACAGGGAGAGUAUAGAGAAGAGACACUCCAGCCAUCCUUCACCAGCACCUGUCCAUUCUGCGAGCUCCCUCGGACACAACCGCAGCUCAGCCGAGCAGCUCAGGGGCCACCUGAACCCAGAGGUGCGGGAAAAAGAGAAACCCAAAGAGCGCGAGAGGGAUCAGCCUGAACCUCGGAAAGACGUUCACAUUGACGAGCACAAAGCAAAGGACCACUAUACGUCAGACAAAGAAGGUCUGGCCCAUGACAGCAGACCGCUGGAAGAGCCUAAGCAAGUCUCUCGGGUACCUUCGCCCUAUUCCAGGCCUGCUGCCAUGGAGAACGGCAGACCGAACAGCACCCCCAGCCGAGAUGCCGAGAAAAAGGGUGAGCCCGCCUACGAGAGCCUGAAGAAAUCCAGCGAAGUUAAAGUGAAGGAAGAAAGGAAGGAAGAUCAUGAUGUUCCCCCUGAAGCGCCGCAGACACAUCGGCCGUCUGACCAGCCCACACCAAUGCCCACGUCCACUGUUCAUCCAGGCCCUUUGGUGUCAAUGCCCGUCACUGUGGGCGUCCCUAGUAUCCAUCCCAUGAACAAUAUCGGUGGUCUAGACCGGACUCGCAUGAUGGCGCCUUUUAUGGGGAUCAGCCCCAUUCCAGGGGGUGAACGUUUCCCUUACCCUUCUUUCCACUGGGACCCAAUGAGGGAUCCGUUGAGGGAUCCCUACCGAGACUUGGAUAUCCACCGGAGAGACCCGUUGGGCAGAGAGUUUCUCCUGAGGAAUGAUCCAUUGCACCGUCUUUCUGCACCAAGGCUGUACGACGCAGAGAGGUCGUUCAGGGACCGGGAGCCGCACGACUACAGUCACCAUCACCACCCCCUUUCGGUCGACCCUCGCCGCGAGCACGAGAGGGGGGCCUACCUGGAGGAAAGGGAGAGGCUACACGUGCUCCGAGAGGACUAUGAACACGUACGGAUUCACUCUGUGCAUCCUGCAGCCCUGGACGGCCAUUUGCCUCACCCGAGUUUAAUCACUCCAGGACUUCCGAGCAUGCACUAUCCCAGGGUCAGCCCGCCGUCUGGACUUCAGAAUGGGAUCCUCAAUAAAAGCCCCCCGACAGCGGCUCUCAGUGCUCCUCCCCCUCUCAUUUCCACUCUGGGACCCAGGCCUAGCUCCCCACGCAGGACUACCCCUUUGUCGACAGAAAUGAGGGAUAGACCCCCCUCACACACACUCAAAGACAUAGAAGCCCGAUGAGAGAAGCAGAGUCAGACCAAGUGGGGACAUUUUUUUUACACGGACGUCAGUGCAUCCGAUCUUCUUACUCGAUAAACUUUGAUUAUGACCCCAAGUGUACAAAAUGUACCAACUGUGCGAAGAUAUUUGUUGGGUUGUUCCUUUUUUUUUUUAAGGAAAAAAAUGUAUAUUAUAUGUUUUCAAAACCUUUAGACAAAGACGUUGAUGCAUUUUCUUUAUGGUGCCCUAUUCCUUUCUAUUGUUUUGAAUCCCCGCAGGAACAAAAUGCCGCAAGUCAGUAUUUUGCCAAUAAGCAAGCAAAGCGCUCUUCUUCAUUUUUGAAAUGAAAAGAAACUGUAGAUCUUAAUUUUCCCUGCAUUUUUUUAAAAAAAUGCUACUUCAUGGGUUAUUGGGUCAUUUAUGCAAAAUGGGUAAGACAAAAGCUUUACUUUGUAAAUAUGUAAAUAGUUUUUAAAAAAAGCUAAGUGACAUAAUACAUUAAUACUUCUUAAACUGUGGUCUUUGCAGACUUUAAUGGCGUGGAAGGACCAUGCGGAAUUGCCCUGCGGCACAUCUGUUGUUAUAAGACAGCUAAAUCCCUUCAACUAUGCAAUGAAUUUUAAGGCUUUCCCAAAGCCUCUUUUAACUCAAAGGAGCCUUGUCAGACAAACUCAACCACACACAUAAAAAAAAGUCAUACUUUCCCUGAACAUACUUUUCUCACCAACCUUUUUUGAUGAAGAAAUAAGCCAUCCAGAUGUCAGCAAACAGGACUGUAGUAUCCACGACUACUGCUUACCAUUUCAAUCUCAUCUUUUUAAAAUUGUAACAUGUUGAACAGGAUUUGAUCAUAGCUGUCCUCAUUGCCAUAGCUGUACUGGGUCACUCGAAUUCCCAUUUUACAAAUCAGAAAUCAAGUCCAAGCUCGGAACAACUUAAUGAAUCCUUACGAAGCCAAGGCUUGAACUCCAGGAGCCCAAACCAAAUUUCUGUCUGCUGAGUCCUUCAUUGGCUCUCUUUCUUGUAAUGUCCCUUAUCUUGCCUAUAAAGAAAUAGGACUUAUGAGGUCCCCUGCAGGGCCGACGCCAGACAUGACUGGGCCCUUGGGCACUAGCCUGCCUCAGGCCUGCAGCACCAUAGCCGAACAUCCCCCCCAUAUAGGCAGCACAGGGCUAAUAAGCUCACCUGCAGGCCCUACCUCCCUCUCAUGAUGUGUAGUGCGCAUGCCUGGCCAUCAACCAAGAUGGUGGCAGAGGCAUUAGCCCUUUAGGGAAGCCCCUGCCACCAUUUUGGAUGAUGGCAGGCAUGCACACACAGUGCACACGAGGUAGGUGGGGUAGGCUUAAUGAAGCCCCUGUCUGUAUUUAGGGGGGUGCCUGGGACCCGAUGCUGCUGCGGAUCACAAAACAGGAGCGCCACCCUCCCACACUAAGGAGGGACCCUUCAGGGGUCCCUCUGGACCACAGCAGUCCUUGGCCAGGGCCCAACCUGGCCAACCUCUGGCGCCAGCCCUGGUCCGCUGUAUAAGGAUGCUGCAUCAUGAGUCAGCUGAGUGAACAGUGCCCUUUUGACCUGGCCAGUGGACAUCUCUUUCAGUCCUUCAGCUGCAUAGUCCAACUAUAAGGUUGCCAGAAUCCCAGGGCUAACAUAACUUCAUUCUGCUAAUGAGGACACUGGGCUUUAUAGAGCUGAGCAGCCAUUGCCUAUAUAACCUACUGGCUGUUUGUUCAUCACCUCUAAUUCUUACUUGCCUACCAUUGCCAUUCUGAGAUGUGUGGAGCCAUUGUCCCCAAAGGUGCUGAGUUGCUCAACAACUCAUGGGUUGCUCCUAGGCAAUGGAAAGAAGUGUUCCACCUUCACCACCACAAGUUGAACUUGAAGGGGUGUUGAGAUGAAGAAGGAAAGAGGUGACACAGAUGCCCCAAGAUCUAGGGCCUUGCCCUGGUGCCUCCCCAUUUUCUGAAAUUAGCCACUCUAAGCCACAAACUUCAUAGGCUACAAUGACACCCACAUCAGAACUUGCAGCCCGAAAUGAGAUUAGCUUAAUAACGUUCAAAGAACAGGCUGCAAAGAAAAUAAACAAUAGCACUGGUGUUUUGCUUUCUUUCAGAGUUGUUUACCCUUACUUUGGGAAGUUCUGUAAAGUGGCAGGCCAUAAACAGGAAUCAUAGUAAUGUUAAUCCUGUCGUAUCUGAAUACAAUGUGUGAGGAAUCCAUUCCUUCUGAGGAUAUGCACGGUAUCAUUUGAAAUCAGACUUUCUUGUAUGGGCAUUCUGGAUCUCAUUUGUAUCUUUCUCAUUUUCCCUGGUCAGCAGAUGUCUGCUUCACUUAACAGGACAUUUAGGCUACAAUCGUAUAGACGCUUACCUGGGAGUUAGCCCUGUUGAAUUCAAUGGGACUUGUUUCCGAGUAGACCUGUAUAGGCUUGUGCUGACUUCUCAGAAACAAUUGCACUAUAUGUUGAUACUUUCCUUGCACAAUCAACUACUGGUUGAGUUCACUUAUUUCAAUUUUGGUUAUCAUUUCUGUGAUUAGCUCAGCAUGUCCUAACCACAGUGGAAAUGGGAUCACAAAAAAUGCACAUAUAUGAAAAUUCCAUAUAUAUAUACAUAUAUGUGGAAAUUGUUUUAACCUUUUAAAAACCUGUUUUUAUUUUUUCAAACACAUGGUGUUUGUUUUGAAAUAAUUUGGAGAGAAUAUGACUUUACCAGAAAGCUCACAAUUUCUUGUCUAUUAUUGGAUUGUAAAAAAAAUAUAUGUAUGGAAUAAAACAAGAAUAGUUCCAUUGGUCUUCUAGUGUAUUAAAGUGGUAUCUCAAGUUGUUUUCCUGUUUUGACAGAAAAAGAAAAAGAGAAGUCUAAUUACAGACCGCUGUUUCUAAUGAUCAGAAUUCUAUUUUAGUAGUCAACUAAAAAAAAAGUUUUAGUUGUAAAACUUCAGAUUUUGUGAACUCCAAAUGUUGUGCAGUGUUUUUUUAAAGAACAAGACAAAAUGGACAAAAAAUAUAAGAAGAAGAAGCAAAUCUUGGGGGGAAAAGUGUACACUGACACUGUAGUGAUAGCUUUCCGUAUUGUAAAGAAAUUGUUAUAUACAAAUCUUUUUGAUGUUUCUCUUGUAUGUAAUAAAGUCCUUUCUAGAUCCUAUGUGAAAAGGGAAAAAACAAACAAACCCUGAAGCGACAUUCAAUCCACAGCAUGUUUCCUCAUGAGCGAAGACGUGUGUAAUGUAA